GUGUCUUCGACGACUGUGGAAGGCGUCACGCUGUAGACGUGCAACGAUUGUAAGAGAUGGACGUUCGCGGCUGCGGGCACGGUCUACGCGAAGAAGAGAUCGACGUGGUGGCGAUGGCGGUGACUGCCGUCAUUGUCAACACGAUGAGCGACAUGCCGUCAUCCUCACGCGACAUGGUGAUGCAGCUCCGCAAACGAAGAGCGUUGUUGCAGAGUGUUGCCGAAGCGCCGGAUUGUGUGGCCACGUGUGAGGCAGUCGUCCAGUGUGUCACGCUGUUGUCUGGCGUUGUCCCGCGACAGACCCCGCGUUGGUGGAUUAGACGACGGACUGGCGGAACAUGGGAGGGCCUCCGCCUGUGUGAUGACGUGACGGACGAGUACUACCGGCAGAAGUUGCGCAUGUCGAUGGCCAUGUUCACCCAGAUCGUAGCCGCGUGCGCCGCGUACGUGGAGAAGAAGGUCACGCACUACAGGAUCCCAUUGCCAGUGGAGCAGGUGAUCACUUUCGCGUUGUACAGGUGGGUGUCCGGAGAGACGUACGAGAGCGGCACGUCAGCCUUCGGCAUCAGCAGGGCAACUAGACUGCAGGCCGUUCGCGACAUCACUUCGGCGCUGUUGCAGGCGUACCCCAAUGCGAUAAAGUGGUCAGUGGGCCGUAGACGUGCGCAGAUUCUGCGCGCUUUCCGUGAGAAGGGUUUCCCAAACUGCUUCGGCGCAAUCGACUGUAUACACAUCUACAUUGACAAGCCCGCCGACGCACCUUCCAUUGUCACGUGGUCCCUGUCCAUGGUUGUAGUGCGCGAAGUUGCAUCGAAGGUGGGAGGACGUGGGUUGGUGCGAUCGGUAGGCGGGUGGAAUUGUCACGUGGUCCCUAUCCAUGGUCGUAGUGCGCGAAGUUGCAUCCACGAUUGAAUGGCGACAUGGUUGUCGUCAAUGAGUUCCUCUGUUGUUUUCAUCGAUUGGACGGUUGCGUGGUUCGUACAGUUGUGCGAACGUUUGAUUGGAAGAACCUUUUUUUUGUGUAUCUCUCAGGGUUUUUUUUUUUUUUUUUUUUUUUUUGGAAUCUCUUCAUUUUUUUUUUUUUUUUUUUUUUUUGUCUCUCCAAUUCAUUUGUCAUGAAUGGUUUCGUGGGUCGUGGGACGUCAAACAUGGCUGUUGAAAUCAUUGAUAAAAUUUGCAUAAUGUA